AGUUUUCAAACAAUGGACAGUUAUUCAUUUGUUCGUCCUGGAAAAUUGAAAUUAAAAGGUGAAAAGAAAAAAACUAAACACCAUAAACGACAUCAUGAAUCAAAAUUAAAAGUUGAAAAAACAGGACGUAUCUUGGAAGCAGAUGCACAUGGUGGCUGGUGGUCUGCUAAACAAUUCGAUGAAGUCAAAGAUUCAAUAGCAAUACAAGUUUAUGUUGCAAUUGAUAAACAGACAGUUGAUGAACCUGAAAAAGUGAUACACUCUGAUAAUGAGAAUCAGUUUACAACUGCUUGUUAUUUAUCAGCGACCGAUGAAGGUUUGGUUGUUGUUGGGCCACCAAGAAAGUAUGGUGAACCACCAGCUCCAGAGGAGAUUUUCACUGCGAUGCAAGUUUCGGAUACUAAAGUUGCAUUUAAAUCUGGUUAUGGCAGAUAUCUUGGUGUUUCCGUUAAAUCCGAUGGUGCAUUAACUGCUACAGCAGAUGCUGUUGGAGUUUUUGAACAAUUCGAACCAAUUUUUCAAGAUGGUCGUAGUGCUAUGCUAGGAGCAAACAAUUGUUUCCUUUCAGUGGAUCCUAAUACAGAUGAUAUUGCAUUCAUUAGUCAACAAGCCAAAACUAAUGAAAUGGUUGCUUUUCGUUCUAAUAAACCACUCAUUCAUGAUCCAUUAUUGGAUAUACCAGAAGAGGAACGAGAAGGUUUAAAAAAAGCUGAAGUUAAUUAUGUACGUAAAUUUCAAAGUUGGCAAGAUCAAAAGCUUCGUUUAAGCAAAGAAGAAUUCAGUGAUGUAAAACGUGCUCGUCAUUCUGGCAAUUUAUAUGAAUGUCUACUAGAUCGACGUGAAAAAAUGAAAUCUGAUCGUUACUGUAAAUAGUUGAUAAUUAAUUCAUUGUGUAAAAUUCUAAUAAUCUUUUUAUUUAUUUAUUUAUAAAAUUUGUAUUUCUUUGAUCAUCUGUUGUUGAAAUUGUCCAAAUAAAUUUUGUCAAAAUGUAGAA